UCCAAACAAACGGAAUCCGCAGGAACUCUUCGAGCAUAUCAGAACUCGCGCCCUCCAUACCCCUCUCUCUCUCUCUCUCUAUAUAUAUGUAUAUCUAUAUAUAUAAACGUAUAUGUAUAUAAACCACAUAAAUUGUACAUGUAUACGCACCAACCAAAUCAAUCAAAGUCGAGAGUGAAGGAUAACUUAUCGUUUUUGUUACUUUGAACGGUGAAUUUCAUAUAUUUGUUUCGGAGAUCCAAUUUCUUUAUUCAGACAAUUCCGGCUUAUGUAGAUUCAUAUACGAACACAAUUCUCUGUUGUUGAUUGUUAUAUUGAUACAAGCCUCAGAACAAAUAGAGAAUUCGGAAUCUCCACUUCGUUUACUCAGGAAAGAUGGUUGCCUUUGGGAAAAAGUUGAAGGACAGACAAAUUCAAGAAUGGCAAGGUUACUACAUCAACUACAAAUUAAUGAAGAAGAAAGUUAGACAGUAUGGUCGUCAAAUUGAAGUUGGAGCACUCGAUCGCCGACAAGUUCUCAAGGAUUUUUCAAAAAUGCUGGAUAACCAGAUUGAAAAGAUUGUCCUUUUUAUGUUGGAGCAACAAGGGCUACUUGCAAGCAGGAUAGCCAUGCUUGCAGAACAACAGGAUUCUCUUCAAGUGCAGCCCGACAUAUCAAAAAUAUCUGAUCUACGAGUAGCUUAUAGAGCAGUGGGGCAAGAUCUUCUAAAGCUUCUUUUUUUUGUUGAGAUCAAUGCUAUUGGUCUGCGUAAGAUAUUGAAGAAGUUUGACAAACGGUUUGGCUAUAGAUUCACUGAUUACUAUGUCAAAACUCGUGCUAAUCAUCCUUAUUCUCAGCUGCAGCAAGUUUUCAAGCAUGUGGGAUUAUGGGCAGUUGUGGGAGCCAUCUCUCGCAAUCUUGCUGAUCUUCAGGACCGUCAGGGAAGCUACCUAUCAAUUUAUGACCAACCUGCUCUUCCCCUCCAGGAUCCUGUUGUUGAUUUAAUAAAAGCGGCUGUAGACAGAUUAACCCACUCAACAAACUUCCUUCACUUUUUGGCGCAACAUGCACUUAUUAUGCAAGAAGAGUUGCCUGCUCCUAUUGAGGAACAAGUUGAUGAGGAGAGAUACCAUUUUGUGUCGCUUCUUUUGAACUUAGUAAAUACAUUUCUUUAUAUGGUCAACACAUAUAUUAUUGUUCCAACAGCAGAUGACUACUCUAUGAGCCUUGGAGCUGCAGCAACAGUUUGUGGGGUAGUUAUCGGUGCAAUGGCUGUUGCACAGGUGUUUUCGUCGGUGUAUUUCAGUGCUUGGUCCAAUAAAUCAUAUUACAGACCUCUAAUAUUUAGCAGUAUAGUUCUUUUCGUGGGAAAUACCUUAUAUGCAUUGGCUUAUGAUCUUAAUUCGAUAUGGGUUCUUCUAAUUGGCCGUCUCUUUUGUGGAUUCGGUUCUGCUAGAGCUGUAAACCGGCGUUAUAUUAGCGAUUGUGUACCACUUAAAAUUCGCAUGCAGGCUUCAGCAGGUUUUGUUAGUGCCAGUGCUCUUGGAAUGGCAUGUGGCCCUGCACUUGCUGGCUUACUUCAAACUAAUUUUAAGAUCUAUAAGAUCACAAUAAAUCAAGACACGUUGCCUGGCUGGGUUAUGGCUGUUGCAUGGCUAAUUUAUUUGAUGUGGUUGUGGAUCUCAUUUAAAGAACCUUCUCGUGAGACUCAGGAGACUCAUAUGCCACAAGGCUCGAAUGCUGAAUCAGUACAGAAUGAUAGACUAGAGAAAGGUCUUGCACAACCGUUACUUCUAAGUUCAGAGGACAACCAAAAAGACGAAGAUGAUGACCAAGAAUGUGAUGAAAGUGAAGAAGCUCCCGAGGAAUCUCGUGGACCGGCCACUUCUAUAGGAUCAGCAUAUAGAUUACUUACACCAUCUGUGAAGGUUCAAUUGCUGAUUUACUUCAUGCUUAAAUAUGCAAUGGAGAUUUUACUCUCAGAAUCCAGCGUAAUUACAACAUACUAUUUUGAAUGGUCUACGAGUGGAGUGGCAAUUUUUCUUUUUUGCCUUGGACUAACAGUUCUUCCUGUGAACAUAGUUGUUGGAAGCUACAUUAGCAACAUGUUUGAAGACAGGCAAAUAUUACUGGCAUCUGAAAUUAUGGUUUUCGUGGGCAUACUCCUGAGUUUCAACAUAUUCAUUCAAUAUUCUGUGCCACAAUAUGUCUGCUCAGGGCUCAUAAUGUUUGUAUCGGCGGAAGUACUAGAAGGUGUCAACUUGUCACUCCUCUCCCGGGUCAUGUCAUCCAGGCUUUCUCGUGGAACCUACAAUGGCGGACUGCUUUCAACUGAAGCUGGGACGAUUGCUCGAGUGAUUGCAGAUGCCACGAUAACUUUGGCUGGGUACUUGGGUGAUAGCAAGCUCUUGAAUGCCACUUUACUGCCUUCACUCUUAAUUUGCGUAUCCUCCAUCAUUGCCACCUGCUGUACUUACAAUUCUCUGUACUGAUUCAAUCUGUUGUACUGAUAAAAUGUCUCCAAGUUCUCUCUCUUAUCCUCCUGGGAAAAAAAAAACGAAAAAAGAAAAAGAAAAGAAAGAAAACUCUCGAUUUUUUAUUUAUUAAUAUAAUUUUCAAUUUUUUAGAAA